AUGGUCCUAGGUUUGAAGAGGGGAAGGAAGACCCUAGUCUUGGAGGGUACUCACUCUAAAGCAAAGCUCUGGUCUAUCAGAGAGUCUGCUCUAUCAGAGGCUCCUAGAGAGGAGAGGAACUGCUGGGGCUUCGGGGAAAAAUCUCUCACAGGGAACUCUCUUCCAGGGCUGAGCCUGGGCCCCAGGACCAGCGUGCAGUCAGGCACCAUCCCCAAACCCACCCUCUGGGCUGAGCCAGGCUCUGUGGUAGCCUGGUUCAGCCCCAUGGCCCUCUGGUGUCAGGGCCCCCUGGAGACUGUGAAGUACCGUCUGGAUAAGGACGGAAUCCCAUGGCACAGACAGAACCCUCUGGAGCCCGGAGCCAAGGCCAAGUUCCACAAUCCAUCCAUGGGAUUUCACGCUGCAGGGCAAUACCGCUGCCACUAUGAGACCCCUGCAGGCUGGUCAGAGCCCAGUGACCCCGUGGAGCUGGUGGUGACAGGCGUGUCUAGGAGGCCCUCCCUCCUGACCCCACAGGGCCCUAUCGUGGCCCAUGGAGGCAGCCUGACCCUGCAGUGUCGCUCUGAUGUUGACUAUGACAGAUUUGCUCUGUACAAGGACCAGGAAGUUCACCUCCUCCAGGGCUCUGGCCAGAAGUUCCAGGUUGGGCUCUCCCAGGCCAACUUCACCCUCAGCCCUGUGAGCUGCUCCCACAGGGGCCAGUACAGAUGCUCCGGUGCCCACAACCUCUCCUCCGAGUGGUUGGCCCCCAGUGACCCCCUGGACAUCCUGAUUGCAGGACAGAUCCCUGAGAGACCCUCCCUCUCAGUGCAGCCGGGCCCCAGGGUGGCCUCAGGAGAGAAGGUGACCCUGCCGUGUCAGUCAUGGCACCAUGUGGACACUCUUUUGACCAAGGAGGGGGCAGCCCAUCCCACCCGGCGUCUAAAGUCAAAGUACCAAUCUUAUAGGAACCAGGCUGAAUUCCCCAUGAGUCCUGUGGCUUCAGCCCAGCAUAGAACCUACCGAUGCUACAGCAGAAUCAGCUCCUACCCCUGCCUGCUGUCAGACCCUAGUUACCCCCUGCAGCUUGUGGUCUCAGCCUCCUUUCCACAUGGGGUCAUUGCUCCAUGGGGUCACGAUGCUGUUGGUUCCUCUUGUCAACCAAGUCACAGAGUGGAAGAGCCUUCAUUUCCUCAGCAUCCUCCUCUUUGCACACGAUGAACAAUCCACACUGUUCUACCUCAGAGCCUUCUUAUCAAUGUCCCCUGUCCGAUGCUACAGUCCAAGCUCAGCUGGUUUUCUCAGCUCAGCACUUCUUGGUUUGUGGCAGCAUAACUCCAAACUCCGCCUCUAUCUCUGGGCUGGUUUUCCAUUAGUACUGCAGAAGUGCCCGUUCUGUGCAAUGAGACACAGUGACACAGCAGACACCCCCUCCAUCCCAGCCCCUGGAGGGUCUGAAUGGAGAUCAGGACUCUGCAGAGUUGCCCAGGAACAUGGUUUCACACAUGCUCCUGCAGGAAAUCCAUAACCACGAUCACCAAGUGGGCAUUUCCAGCAUCUCAGGGUGUAGGGGUUGCUGGCUAGUCCCUGCAGUGACACAUCCUUUGGCAACUCUAUUGUGACCCUAUGAAGAACCUAUGGAGGUCCUAUGAAGGAAGAUUUUAUAGAUGCUAUGGAGGCCCUAUGGAGAUCCUAUGAAGGUCCUAUAGAAGUCCUGUGAAGGCCCUUUGGAGAACCUAUGGAGGUCCUGUGAAGGUCCCGUGGAGGUGCUAUAGAGGUCUUGCAGAUUCUGUGGAGAUUCUAACACUUUUCCAUGCAUGAGGUUGGAAAUAGACUUGCAGUUUCAAGAUAGGAAGCCUAAGGCCAGCACUGUUUUCUAAGCAACCUCAGAGUAAAUUGUUUCAUGAUCUUGAAGAAGCCCAAAUCUUAUACAUCUGCUAGAGAUAUAUAAGCAUCUUCUUCACACAUGAUGAACAAAGUUCACACACUUCCUCCUCAGUAAGGCACAGAGACAUGGACAGAAAGAAAACUAGUCAAGGACUGGCUAAAAAUCCACUGACCUGGGGAUCCGCUGAUGGUGUGACGAACACAGUGAGCUUCGGCAAGCUCUCUCAGCAGCCCCAGUGCACGCAGGAGGGGCCCAUGAGUGUCAUGGCCAUACAGCAAGAAAAAGGACAUGCAGCCAGCCGUGGUGACUCACACCUGUAAUCCCAGCGCUUUGGGAAGCCAAGGUGGGCAGAUCACCAGAGGUCAGGAGUUCGAGACCAGCCUGGCCAACAUGGCAA